AGUUUUUUUGUUUGAUUUUGUGAUUAUAAAGGUACAUACAUACGUUCAUGUAUAUGCUUGCAUGCAUCCUUACCACGUUUGUAUACAUUUAUGUAACACUCGCACAUUUUUUUGCGUAACAGUUGUCUCGUCCGUCCGUGUAAAAAUAUUUCGCACGAGUCGAACCGAGCUUAGUGUUUAGCUAAACUUGUUCCGUGUUGUUUUGCAUAUUUAAAUAUUCACCUCAAUUAAAAGAAUGGCUCCGUCCAGUACGGGUGACGUUUUGUGUGACCCACUCCGGCAAAAGUUUGUGGACAUCCUAAAUUCCAACGGGAUCUGGGAUGAGGUUGACAACGUCGUGAUGACCGAGCCCCCCGAGCUGAAGGGGGAGCACAUGGCGACAGCCACGGUCUAUCUUCGGUACGAGUUCAAGGACAAGGAAGUCAAGGAUAAGAAUCUAUUCGUAAAGAAGUUCACGUCCAAUCCGGCCCAUACUGCGUUUGUGAAGAAGGGAAGGAUUAUGGAGAAGGAAAUGUCAUUCUUCACCGAAUUUUUACCAAAGGCAAGAGAAUUUUGUGGAAAGUAUGCAGGGUGUGAAAAACUCUUGGAUCUUUUCCCCAAGUGUUGGUACGCGGAUGAGGAAAUGGUCGUUUUAGAAAACCUCGUCCUUGACGACACCUUUAUCAUGCUGGACAAGGAGGUCAAGCAAGACUUAUUCACGGCAAAACUGGUGCUCGGGAACCUUGCAAAAUUCCAUGCCGCAACGUACGCCUUUAUUGAAGAGGAAUGCGGCGGAAGUGAAAAGUUUGCAGAGCUCUAUGAAUGCCAAUGUUUUGAAGCGUUCAUGCAGGAAAAUGACCCAAUGAUGGAACCCAUGUUUGACAAUGGAGCAACAACAUGUAUUAAUUUGCUAAAGGGCCAUCCAGUCGAAGGUGACGCCGAGGCUGUCGAAACUUUGACGAGUUACAUGGGAAAAUCGUAUCCCCUCGUGACCUCGAUCGUGAAACUGAAUCAUUCCGAGAAGCUUCUGGUUCUGAACCAUGGCGACUUUCACAAUAACAAUAUGCUCUUCAAGAAAGACGCCGAAACGGGUCGAGUGAACGACCAUGUCUUCGUAGAUCUUCAAAUAACCCGGCUAGGAUCACCCAACUUAGACAUCGGGUAUUACAUGUACACCAGCGUCCAACCGAAGAUUCGGCGGGCGCAUUUUAUGGAAUUGCUGCGCCAUUAUUAUGACACUUUUGAAACAACCGUUGGCAUGUUUGGGGGAAAAAAGUGUCCGAUAAGUUAUGAGGACUUUGUUGCCGACUACAGAAUAAAAUCCCAGAUGGGAUUUUUCACCACUCUUUCCUUCAUUGCGGCCAUGGGCGCUUUGAAAGAUAUCGACAUGGAAACAAUGUCCGAGGAUCCGGUCGAUAUGAUGGAAAUAUUCAAUACCGCGAUCAGAAAUUGGAUUGCAAACAAUCCCGAGAAGGCUGCCGCCAUUGCGGAAGAGGUCGUCGCAGUGGUCAAGGAACAUGGACAAGUUAGUGGACCAAUAUAAAAUAAAAUUUGUUUUACAAAUUUCGAUAUAAAAUUGGAGUAUUAAUCAAAAUACAUAUGAUUAAAUAUAUAUGUUCAAAAAAUA